GCGGCCCUUCGCCCCAGUCUUUCCCCUGUCGCCUCACCCCUUCGGGCCUCUCCCCUUCCACCCUGCAGAAGCGAAGAGUCGGGGACCUGCUGGCUAGUUACAUCCCCGAGGACGAGGCGCUGAUGCUACGGGAUGGACGCUUUGCUUGUGCCAUUUGUCCCCACCGACCUGUGCUGGACACCUUGGCCAUGCUGACUGCCCACCGUGGGGGCAAAAAGCAUCUGUCCAGCCUGCAGCUUUUCUACGGUAAAAAGCGGUCCGGAAAGGGGGUGGAUCAGAACCCAAGACAGCAGAAUGAGCUGACACCCGACGAGGCCAAAGCUGAGGCUCCUCUGUUGACCCGGACCCGGCUCAUCACCCAGAACGCUCUGCACAGAGCUCCGCACUAUAGCAGCUGCUGCCGGCGAAAGCCCAGGCCAGAGGCCCCCCGGCCCGCUGCCUCCCGUCCCGCUGGGACACCGCGCGAGGUUGACCGCCCAAGUGAGAAGAGCCGCGGGCUCGCCGAGGCCGUGGCUGGCCCACAGGCUGCGGAGUUGGCCGCCGCGCCGCCCCCUGUGCCGCUGAGCCCCGCGAGGAGGCGGGUGCUGGACCACUUCCUCAGCCUGCGGAGCUCUGGUUGGAUCCCAGACGGACAAGGCCGAUGGGUGAAGGACGAAAAUGUUGAGUUUGACUCCGACGAGGAAGAGCCCCCCGGGCUCCCUGAGGACUGACCCCGCUCUCCUCCCCCACCCGGUUGGUCAAUAAACAGCCGGCGCCGGGCACCUCAC